AUGUUAUUGGAUUUAUUUUUUAAUGAGAAGCAAAAGAGAGUUAAAUAAGGACCAUUUAUGGAAUUAAAAGAUAUCAAUCAUUUUUAAAAUUAAAAAACUAGUUCAGAAAUUUUAGAGUAUCUAGGAAAAUUGAAUGUAAAUAUGAAAAUAUCAAAUAAAUAAAAAAUAUUGAUAGGAAAUAAAUAAUAUGGGAAGGGAGAAAGUAUUUAUUAGUUUGAAAAAGGGAAAUAAACAAACAAAUAAAUAAAUAAAAUGCGAAGAAAGAAUGAGAGAAGAAGUCUUUUGAUUAUAUUGAAAGAUGUUUGUUUGUUUAUUUAUUUAUUAAUUUAUUUGAUUUUUCUUGCUAAUUAUCAUGGAAAAUGA